AGCCUAAAGCCGUGAGCUCGCGCACACGGAACACAACAAACAGUUAGCACGUUAGCAUUGUAGCCUGACUGUUAGCGCUCUAGUCUGAUAAACUGUAAUGUAGGUUUAAAACAAAACACUGCUGUUUAAUAAUAUACGGUUUCUUAGUUGUUGUUAUUGUUUUCAGUAUUAGUGUUAUUAGCAUAAUAAAUGCAGAAUGUCGAGAAUAUAAAUGUCAAAAAACCAACAUGUCAGAAAUAUUGUUAGAAAGAUCUGGAGUUCUGUGAUUUAUCACCAAACAACCUCUGACUCAGGAUGUUAUCUAGAUAAAGUUCAAGAACAUCACAGCUGGAGCUGAAGAGCUGGAGAACUUCCUGUCUGGUGAAGGAGAACUUCCUGUCACACCAGUGACAUCUCUGAGAUUUGAUCAGGAGAUCUCGUGGUGUUUGAGGAGAAUGUCCUGUCCUGAGGGUUGAUAAAAAAAAAUAAAAAAAAUGAGCGGUGCGAAUCAGAGGACUUUAUUCCAGACCUGGGGUUCGGCUGUUCCUCAGACGGCGUUUCAGAGAAAAGAUCAGGGGAAGAAGAUACCUCAGAGGCGAAGAGCAGGCGCGAGCAGCCAGACGAAGAGAAAGGAAAGUGAUCAUGCAGCGAGUUCGCUCUGGGGCGAAGUUGGGAAACGGACCUCGGUCCACCAGGAAUCGAGAUUCCAGCAGGAACAGGAUAUGGAGCAGGAGAUGGACGAGAUGGAUGAUGAUCUCAUCCUCAUAGCUGUACAUGAAGCUGAAAAAAGUUUAGAAGGAAACCAAGCCCAUUUGUCGUCUCACGUUUCUCCAGACGUCUGCUCAGAUCUUCCCGGCUUUGACGCUUCAUCGGGACGGAUAUGGAUCUACCCGACUAACUUCCCUGUCCGGGAUUAUCAGCUAAAGAUCUCAGAAGCGGCGCUGUUCCAGAACACGCUGGUGUGCCUGCCCACAGGUUUGGGGAAGACCUUCAUCGCGUCGGUGGUGAUGUAUAACUUCUACCGCUGGUAUCCUGACGGCAGGAUCGUCUUCCUGGCUCCUACGAAGCCCCUCGUCGCUCAGCAGAUCGAGGCGUGUUACAGGGUCAUGGGGAUUCCUCAGCAGCACAUGGCCGAGCUGACAGGCAGCACUCCGGCUCCGCAGAGGAGAGAGCUGUGGCGUUCCAGGCGGGUGUUCUUCCUGACGCCGCAGGUCAUGGUGAACGAUUUGUCCCGCAACACGUGUCCUGCUGUUCAGAUCAAGUGCGUGGUCAUCGAUGAAGCUCACAAGGCGUCGGGGAAUCACGCGUACUGUCAGGUGGUGCGGGAAUUAUGGAACCAGACGAAGCAGUUCCGCGUCCUGGCUCUCAGCGCGACACCUGGGGCCGACAUGAAGGCAGUGCAGCAAGUCAUCUCCAACCUGCUGAUCUCUCACAUCGAGCUGCGCUCAGAGGAGAGCCCGGACGUCCAGGCGCACUCGCACCAGCGCAGCGUGGAGAAGAUCGUCGUCCCUUUAGGAGAGUCGCUCACGGCGUACCAGUCUCGCUACCUACAGGUUUUGGAAAGGUUUACGUCCCGUCUGACCCAGAUGCGAGUGCUGAGCCAGCGUGACAUCCGCUCCCUCACCAAGUAUCAGGUCAUCCUGGCGAGAGAUCAGUUCAGACGCAAUCCUCCAUCACAGAUCAUGGCAGCGCAGCACGGUGCACUGGAGGGGGAUUUCGCGCUCUGUAUCAGCCUGUACCACGGGUUCGAGCUCCUGCAGCAGAUGGGCCUCAGAUCCCUCUUUCUUUUCACACAGAACAUUAUGUCAGGCUCUAAAGAGUACUCACGGGCCAGAAAUGAGCUGCAGCGCAGCCUGGUCUUUGUGGACCUGUACAGGGAAAUGGAGGCCAUGUUCCUCAAUACUGACAAAGGGCCGAAGGAGAAGUAUUUCUACAGUCAUCCAAAACUUCAGAAACUGGACGAGGUGAUUCAACAGCAUUUCAGUACAUGGGUGAAGAGAUCAGACUCUGGAGGCAAAGCGGAGAGCACGCGAGUGAUGAUCUUCUCAUCGUUUCGUGAGAGCGUUCAGGAGAUCGCCGAGAUGCUUGACCGCCACCAGCCUCUUGUCAGGGUCAUGACUUUUAUGGGGCAGGCGUCAGCUGGGAAAGGGGUGCGAGGGUUCACUCAGAAGGAGCAGCUUGAGGUGGUGCGCAGGUUCCGAGAGGGCGGCUUUAACACCCUGGUCUCUACCUGUGUGGGCGAGGAAGGGCUCGACAUCGGGGAGGUGGACCUGAUCGUGUGCUUCGAUGCUCAGAAAAGUCCCAUCCGAUUGGUGCAGAGAAUGGGCCGAACCGGGCGCCACAGGCAGGGACGCAUAGUGGUCAUACUGGCUGAAGGGAGAGAGGAGCGGAUCUAUAACCAGAGCCAGAGUAACAGGCGAAGUGUGAAUAAAUGCAUCAUGACAAACAAGCAGAGCUUCUCCAUGUACCCUCACAGCCCGCGCAUGCUCCCUGCUGGCGUCACUCCCACCCUGCACAAGAUGCACAUCACCUGCGGCCAGUUUGAGGCCAAAGAGAGCAGCAGGCGUUCCAGCCACGCCCGACAAUCCCUCAGCGUGAGGAGAGUGUCUCUCUUCAAUCCUGACGCCCAGGAGGACGGAGUGCAGCAGCGCAUGAAGGAGGACGGCUUUCUCACCCCUGCUGAAGAGGCCGAGUGGGUGUCGACCAUGAAGCUGGGUGAGGACGAAGCCCAGCCCAGACUUAAGCGCUCGUCGUUCCUGUGCUUUAACACAGAGCCGCAACAACAGGACGAGUGUGUGCAGGGCCCAGUCAGAGAAUUAUCUCUGUGGGAAUGGAGACACUGGCAGAAUCAGUUUCUUCCUACACACACAGUGGACCACUCCCGCCGCUGCCUCCAUUUCACCGCCAUUAUGGGACUCAUCGACCAGAUGAAGGAGGAGGGGGAGGAGAAUGGCUGUAGAUAUGAAUCUGAGGUCAAAGCAUACUUACAAAAGGAGGACGUCGUUGGAUGUGAGGAGGACGGCACGAUGGCGAAAACUGCGCGUGAAAGAAAUCCUCGGAAAAAAAAAUCUAAGCCUGGAGUGGCUGGUCAAGGUUCUGAUUUAAAAACUAACUUGGACAGGACGGACCAUGCAGGAGAUUCUUCAUGGACUUUAUUAAAAGACAGAGUGUCUUCUAAAUCUGCCACUGAUGAAGAUUUAAGUGUGUUUCGGUGUACCUUUGUAGCUGAUGAUGAUGAUGAUGUCAUGCUGACUGAUGUUAACAAGCACACUGAGACCGAACCCUCAAGAAAACAUGAGUGUUCCCCCGAACACACACCAGCUCUUGAGACGAUCCCUGAUACCUCCCUCGAGCCCGUUGAUGAAAUGUUCUAUUUACCCAAAUGGCAGGUCUGUCAAAAGCUCUACGAUUUUAAUCAAUCUGCUGGAACCUUAGAAACGAUUCUGUCCAAUGUCAAACGUCUUCUGUCCACAUCGCCACCGGACCGUCUUGAUCUGCAUUUCUCAUUUAGCUCCAGCGAGCCCGCUCACGUCCCUGAGAUCUGCGGCACUCAGAGGGACGACGGUGAUCAUUUCCAGAUCAAUUUCAACCUUGAUGAAGAUGAGACCUCACUGGAUUCAGACUCUCUGGACUGUAAUAUAGCAGAAGCGCCUCCUGAGCCUGCAGUGUUACCUAGUGAGAACGCUCCUGCUGGUCCGCACAGCGCCGCUUGCAGUCCUAGCUGGGACGAGGUUUUUAAUGAUGUCGAUGUUGACGCAGCAGAUAAAAACACUAAUCUACCGUUAGAUCCUAAAAUCUCUUUUAAUCUCACUAGCUUGGAUGAAAGUGUCGACUUGUUCGGCGAUGAUGAAGCUUUCCUGCAGAUCUCGCUACCAAACAUUGUGACUCCAAACAAACAUGCUGUACUUACCGUCAACAGGCAGGACGCCGAACAGACGCCAAAUCUAGGGGACGCGUCAAGUCUUUCCAAUGCCGAAGAGGCGUCUUUGGGACACAAGCCACCGUCUGAGCAGAGGUCUGAAGCCUUUAAUUGUUCUCAGGACAUCUUUUCUGUGAACUUUAACCUUGGGUUUUCCUCCGACACUGAAGAGGAGGACGCUACAGAACCCGCAUCUGACACGACUGCAGAACCCGAAGCCCAUAAACAUGAGACGUUCUCCUCACUAACCAUAAACAAACCCAGCACGUCUUCUAACAGCUUCACUCUUGGACAUGUGUCGACCCCCAGGGUGUGUUCGAUGGACAAACACCUGCCGUCUCUCAUAUCCCGUAGUAACCUGUCGCCCAUAAUCACUGCGCGGGAGAGUUUAGCCGGACCUCACGCUUCUACCCCGACUCUGGCGUUUGAUUCACCGAAAAGCAGGAAUCUGGAACUUCUUCCUAAAGUUCUGAGUUCACAAGUACAGUCGCGUGGAACGGGGAACAGAUUUUGUCGGAGGUCUUUGCUUGAAGCGAGGAAACCCGUGUAUGAGGACCGCAAUUGUACAGUGAUCAGUGAUAGCGAUGAGGAGUCGAUCAUUAAAAAGCCACGACGUCAAGGAAGAGCCAACCCCCUGGCGUCUCCAGAGCAAUCAAAAGUCAGUGAUGUUGAGUCUCCUGUGCAGGCGCCAAGAAAGCGCAUCGCCCGAAUAAACAUGUCGGAAGAGAGCGACGGAGACGCCGUGUCAGACGAUGACUUUAAGCAGGACUCGUUUUGCCGGCCGAAAGCGUUUCAGCCUUAUAAACAAUCACAUCCUGUUAAAAUGAAGUCUAAGAAGGCAGUGCACAGAGACGGAAGGCAGUUCCUGGACGAAGAGGCGGAGCUUUCUGAAGAAGGAGACUCUGUGUCUUCUGAUGAAGUUGACGGAGAGGAACUGGACAAGUCCUUGGAAGGUUUUGUCGUGGACACCACUCAGUUCUCUCAAGGCCUGAAUGAUUCUGAGAUGCAUGGAAUUUAUCUGAAAUCUGUAAAGAGCCCCGCCAUUCCAAGCAAAUUUAGAAUGGUGCACAGGCCCAUGCAUAAUCUCAACAUUUUCUCACAGGUCCCAGAGCAGGACGAGACGUAUGAGGAGGACAGUUUCGUGGUCAGUGGCAGUGAACCUGAGGAAGGCUUUGGUACUGCUUCUGAAGAUGAAGAAGAUGGCGGUGUGGGGAUUCUCCCCGAAGACUCGUACGUAGACGGAAGACGACAGUACGCCACACGGCGCAGAGUCCACCUCAGACAGACUAGGACCGCCGGAGAGACGAGAAGUCUUCAAUCUAAAAGACCCAAACGCUCCAGAAUCGUCCGAGUGGAGGAUUCGAGUGAAGAAGAAGAGAAGGAGGAGGAGAAGAGUAGGAGGCUUUCUGCUGGAAAAAUGCCUGUUUCAGAGGGCGCACCCGGGACGGUUCUUCAGUCAUCACCUCGGUCCUGUUUGUCCAAAUUUGACACACAGGCUGGUGGAGGGAAGAGAGGUAAGGAUCCUGUGCAGGAGAGGGACAGAGAGAGGCUCAGGAACCAGAUCCUGCCGUCUAAAGAGUUGGACCUUCAGGAGCCGCCGUCCACCUCUUGUGUUAAACCUCAGGAAGCUUGUAGUUCUGCUUCUCUGUCCGUGCCAAACAGCGUUACUGAUCACGGCUCGACGACCACCGCCACGCCCAAAACGACCCCGGCCCGUGUGUGUGUGUUGGUCGACAGCCGGUGCAUCAGUGCAGGUGCUGACGUGGUGUCCUCCCUGCGACUGAAACACGGCGCAGAUGUGCACAUCUGCUCUCUGGUCAGCUGUGAUGUCAUUGUAAGCAACCGCAUGGCAGUGGAGUGGCAGAGCGAGUCGGAGUUGGCCAGCCCACAGAGUCGCAAGCGGCUGCAGGAGAGAAUACAGAGCCUGCAGGGUUUAUUCGACCGAGUGUGCCUCCUAGUGGAGAAAGACCGCACUAAACUGGGAGAGCCUCCUCGUCCGUCCCAGCGCAGCCGUUACUACGACAGCACUGUAGCCGCGCUGGUAAGGGCAGGGGUCAGACUCCUCUUUAGCGCUGGUCCGGACGACACUGCCACGCUGUUGGCGCAGCUGGCACAGGUGGAGCAGAGGAAAGGUCAAGCCAUCGGCGUCCCGGUGGAGGUCAGAGGUCAUCGCCAGCAGGCACUGCAGUUUUACCUCACACUCCCGUGUGUGAGCUACGUCAACGCACUUUACAUGUGUAAUAAUUUCUACUCCGUGGCACAUCUGGUCAACAGUUCUGUGGCUACACUGCAGGCGGGUCUACACGUGAGCCGCUCCAGAGCUGAAGAGAUUCACCGCUGCCUCCGUUACACGUGCGACACCACGCUGAUGACGAGCAGCACCUCGAGGAACAACCUUUAAGCACAAGACGACGUACAUAACACUUUCAAUGCACUUUAUACUGUACAUUCUGUACUCUUGCCUUUGUCAUCAAUACGUCAUACUUACCUCAUUUUUAUAACUACAAUACUUGAAUCAUUGUUUAUAUAUAUAUAUAUAUAUAUAUAUAUAUAUAUAUAUAUAUAUAUGUGUAUACACGUCUACAAAUGUAGAAAUGUAUGUAUGGACAAAAUAAUGCACAUUUUUUGUGAACGAUGCUGUAUGUAAG